CCGGAAGUGGAGGGGUCCUCUUCACUUUCCUUCUAUCUCUACGUCUCGCGAGAAGAGCUGAGGUUUCCGUUUCCUUUGCCAGCCUCGAAGCCGCGCCGGCGGCGCCCCGAGCAAUGGGAGUGGGGAGAAGAGCCCUGUUGGAUCCAUCUGGGCCAGUAUUCUGAUCUAGCGUUGGGUGAGCUAGAUGCUUCUAGGAAACCCCCAAGCAGUGGAUGGAAACAACACUUCUGUCAUCCCACCCUGCCAGUUGUUUUUGCCUCAGUAUCUGAUGCCCCGUCACUGUUCUGCCACUGGCUGCUGCACCCGUGACACUCCUGAGACACGCAACCGAGGCAUUUCCUUCCAUCGACUUCCAAAGGACAACCCCCGGCGGGCAAUGUGGUUGGAGAACUGUCGGCGGAAAGACAUAAGUGGCCAGGGUCUCUGGGACCCUGCCUCCAAGUAUGUGUACUUCUGCUCCAAGCACUUUGAGAAGAGUUGCUUUGAACUGGUGGGCACCAGUGGUUACCAUCGGCUCAAAGAGGGUGCUGUUCCCACCAUAUUUGAACUUCACACUAAAUUGCGCCAAAAAUCAAAGCUAAGCAACUCGAAACUUGCAAAACGUCAGCAGAAGCAAAACUGUGGCCCUUGCCCAGAGGAGGAGUCGAGUCCAUUGUGCAUGGACAUCUCAUGCUUCCCUGCUCAAGAGCUGCCAAGCCCUGGGGCUGCUCCCACCAGCGGUGAACCCCGAAGCCAGCCCAACCUUCCUGGGCCAGAGUCAGAGAGCCUGGCCACCCUGUCAGACAUUCCCCUGGAACAGUCCCCAGCUGCGACAGGCCAGGAAGAAGAGUCUCCUUCUCCAGCCCUCCCAGAGCCGGUGGGGGAUCCAUCCCAUCCCGUUUCCCUUUCCCUCUACAUGCUGCGCCUCCCUCCCCCAGCUGGGGCUUACAUCCAGAACGAGCACAGCUACCAGGUGGGCAGUGCCUUGCUGUGGAAACGGCGAGCGGAGGCGGCGCUCGAUGCUUUGGGGAAGGCGCAGCGGCAGCUGCAGGCCUGCCGGCGCCGGGAGCAACGACUCCGCCUGCGUAUCUGCGAGCUACAGCGCGAGCGACGGCCACACGGUGCUGACACACAUCGACGGCUGAAGGACCACCUGCAGGUCUUUGAAUUGCAGCUUCUCAAUGACCUUGAAUAACUUGGGGGUGGGCCAAACCCAAACUUUCCCAGUUUGGUGCACUCUUGGCUUUGGGCUCUCUGGUAUUUCCCAUGGCUAAGCUGUGUGUCCGAGCUUGGGGCCCUGUGAACUAGCUGGCCACUUCACUUGCCUCCGUCACCGUUCACAUUUACUCUGUAUCUGUAAAUAAACACUGUUUUGUAUGAUGGAUGCUGCCAGGAUAUCUGAAAGACAUGUGUUUGCUUUUGGAGUCACUAUAGAGAUUCACUAUAGCUGUUAACUUAUAGCCCUCAGCGAGGUGUUGCAUGAAAGGUAAGAAUCCUACAAUUUCUAGCAAGUGGCUACUCAGCCGCGCUCAUGCGGGGCUUGAAUUAGUUGCUGUAUGAGAUAAGAACCAGCUUGUUUUGUGUUGAAUUCUAGAGCUACAAGGAUCUUAAGAUCCUGUAGACCAGCCUGCUGCCCCGAAAGAGCGUCCUCACCCCACUGACGCUUAUCCAUAAUGCUAACUACUUCAGCUGAUUUAACCUGCAUCACAGAGAUGGAGUGUGUGAGCAGGAGAAAAGUAAACUCCCUGUGCUAGAGGUGAUGGUAUCGUUUGAGGAAUAGUUUAGUAAAACCACUCGGCAAGUAAGCCAAGUCGCAAGCUUAAAUGGAAUCUGCAUGCUAGGCUUGAUAUCAAGCAAAACUUAUCCACUUACCAACUGAGUUAGAGCUAGUCUAUAAAAGAAGAGAGACACCAGGAACAAGCAGAGGAAGCUGUUUAGUGCACAAAAAGAGUACAAUCAUCUGUGCUCUUCAAAUACCCCUUUGUGAAAUUUUAUUCCAAAUGCGGGAGGCCUUGGAUGAAUAUGGGUUAUUAUUAUUGAUCAUUGAAAGUUGCUCUGGGAGCCUUUUUCAGCUUGGAGACUGGAGUAAAAAUAGUUUAAAUAUGCACAUUAUCAUGUGUCAUGAAGAAGACAAGGAUCUCUUGCUGAAUUGGGGCAACUGCUUUCAGUUUGAAACAAAGUGAUUUCUAUAACUUGCAGCAGUUGCAGGAUAUUCCCUUCAUAUUGGCACCAUUCAAGGACUUACUGCCUCAACAGAGUCCUCAACAUUCCUAACUGGGCUGGGGGGUGGGGAUGACUAUGGUAUGUGACUCCUUAAAAAUAUUCCUGGCCUCUUCCCUGAAUGUUAAGCUUUUUUUUAAAGUCUCUAGCCCUUUUUACUGGGGAGAUGUAAGAAAAAACAUGCAGGCAGAUUUUUGCUCCCUAAAAAAUAAAUUUGUUCUUGCCUUCUAAUGGUCUGUUAUGGCUAAUGAAUGCAAAGGCACUGAGAUAACUGACAAGUACUAAACCCUUACUUUGAAAUUUUGUACAUUUUAAUUUUAUUCGUAUUUAACACAAUGAAACAAAAUAAAUUUAUUAGGCUGCUGCUGUUUUCUGGC